AUGAACAGAAUCUUCUUCCUCACACUCGUGUACCCGUGUGCUCAGGCUGCUCUGGAAAAGUCCGGUUCAUGCCAAAGUCGGGCUUUGCUUCAGCUCGAUGCUUCACAUGCUUCGCGCUCUUUCUCUUCGGCCUGCCCCAACUGGUGCACGGCUGGGACUGCUCCGAUGUCCGAGUACUGUAACUGGGAGGACUGCAAGGAUUGUCCGGGGUGCGUUUGUUCCGCUGACUGCUCAGACCAGUUAGAGGAAUGCGAGGAACAAGCUUGUUCGACCUGCCCACAGUGCGGCUGCGCAGAGUGGUGCUACGGGAUGUGGGGGCCGUGGUGUGAUGCAAUCGAAUGCAAAGGUUGCACGGACUGCCUCCCCACAACCACGACAACCUCCAGGCCCUGUGCUAUCAGCAGCGAUUUGGUGGUGGCCCUGAAUCAAGGAGUAGUACGUUGCCGUGAGGAUGGGUCGAAUUGCACUGAAGUUGUCGGAUUUGUGGGCACGCCAGGGGCCCACCGAAUCGACGCGGCGGCUGUGGCAGUUUUCAGGAAUGGUGAUUAUCUUCUGACAACGGACAACAAGGUGAAGCGGUGUCCGGCGGAGGGUUCAGGCACUUGCACGACUGUUGCAGGCCAAGGAGGGAAGGGAAGCGGCAUCGACCAGCUUGACGAUCCUCGGGGACUUACCGAAGAGAGCAACGGCGACUUCCUGGUCGCUGACAAAGGAAACGGACGCGUGCAGCGCUGCCCAGCGGAUGGUUCUGGGAAGUGUUCAACAGUUGCUGGUGGGAACGGAGAGGGGCACAAGUUGAAUCAAAUGCAGCCUGGUGCCGUGAUGAUUUCGAAAGAUUCCUACCUGAUCUCUGACCUUGGUGCCAUGCGUGUGCUGCAAUGUUUCCAGAGCAAGGGAUCAGAUCUCUAUGACAGAUGCGUCGCGGUUCUUACUGGGCUUUGCUCUCCGGUUGCCUUUGCGAUGGCCCCUAAUGGCGAAUACUUGAUCCUGGAAAGUGAAAUAAGCCGUUUGGUUCAGUGUGCCUCCGGCUCCGCUGGCCCCUGUGCCCGUGUAGCUGACACCUUCGAGACACCCCGAGAUUUUGCGCUGGCAUCCAAUGGGGAGGUCAUAGUCGCCGACUACGGGAACUCGCGAAUCCGGCGAUGCCGAGGCUCCGGCUCGCAAUGCAGAGACGUGGUCUUGAACACCCACAUGGCUUGGCCUUCCGCCCUCACCUUGGUUCCCACAAAGCUGUAUCCACAAUGCAAGGCAGGCCGAGGCGCAGACGGCUGA